AUGGUACUCGUACACGGCAUAUUUGUGGUCGUUAAAAGGCAGCCUGCUGUUUUUUUAGUGAGCCUUGACAUGCGCAACACUUUGGAUUCAAUGUGCGCUGACCAUAACGAUAGUAAACGCAUGACUUUCGACCUGUGGCAACAUGCCAGGAUCUUGACAUACCUAACCUGGCUCACCACGUUAUCCUAUCUAGCUGUAGUCGGCACAAUAACCUUCAGUUGCCUCCCGUUUCAUGACAACUGGGGAGUCCGACCUCUUCCAAGCGAAAAAUGCGUUUUCAAACCUCAAAAUCUACUAGUCACAACAUUUUUCAGUGUUGUGACGGACGCAGCUAUUCUGUGCUUACCACUUCCAGUGCUCAAAGAGAUCAGGGUCCCUUUGUACAAAAAGAUAUUCAUUGCGAUUCUGAUUUGUUCCGGUUUAUUCGUUAUAGCGGCUGCUAUUAUGCGUGUUGCUGUUACAUUGGGUUCUGAACCGUCAACGAUCACAGUCAAUCGAUGGGGUGUCAGAGAAUGUGAGAUCGGGCUCAUGGCUAUAAACGCCCCUAUUCUUCGUCCUCUAUUCUCUCGAAGGUUCUGGCAAUGGCACUACCGGCCGCCGGUUCGCGCCUCGGACCCCAUGAUCAGUGCUAGGAGAAGCAGAACUACAAUUGGCAGGCAACGCAGGGCAGUCAAGGAAGAUACGCUGCUCGGGUGGGUGAGCUCAACUAGAUCGCGAAUUGGAAGUAUCGUAGGAACUCGACCUCAUGGCAGCACGGGGGAUGAAGAGGCCGGAGAGGUUUCAAACGAGCAAGAACUCGAAUCUUUGUACAAAGAUGGCGACGCUACAGAAAGAGAAGCAUCAGGUGCAGAUGGGGAUCGGCUAGAUUGA